CGUCUCAUAUGCGUUCAUUUUAAUCGAACCACAACGCCGUAUUCGGGAGCAUACGCAUUAAUCAACGACAAAUAAGACGGAUACGUUGUUUUUUGACGGUUUGCGAGCUUGUAUCGUUACUAUAACAAACCACAACAGACAUUUAAAAGUGUGACUGUCUCCGCCGGUUGAUAUUGUGAAGCACACUGCAGCUAGCUACGUAGCACGCUAAGUUGGACCAAAACAUAUUUUUUUGGGAAAAUCUUCCAACGAAUCGGACUUAUCUGUAAGAAAAGCCAUGGGGUCUUCCAAAAAACACAAGGAGAAGAGUCGGGAUAAGGACACCGAGGACCGACGUCGCGAACACAAGAAACAUCGCCACAAGGAGAGAGAAAGAGAUGCGGAACGCGAUGCUGGUCGAGACAAGGAGAAGAGGAAGCGCUCCAGAUCCAGGGAAAGACCUGGUCGGGAAGGCCGAGGCAAGGGGGAAAAAAGCGGAGAGCCCCGUGUCAAGAAGGAAAAGUUGGAGGAAAGUUCAGUAAUUGAGCCACAGUCUGCAAGCGGUGACGCGUCCCUCAGCAUUCAGGAUACAAACAAGCUCAGAGCCAAACUUGGCCUAAAACCUCUGGAGAUGAAUGAAAACAAAAAGGAGUUGGGCACAAAAGAAGAACCGCUCGUCGCAGAGACUAUCAAUCCAAUCCAUAUAAAAAAACAGAAAGAAAUGAGAGAGAAACUUGCAGCAUUGAAAGAAAAACGCAUUCGCAAUCUAAAGCUGGGCAAGGUUAAGACCUUGGCAGAGGAUGAUUGGUUAGAUGACACCACUGCCUGGGUUGAGAAAAACCGCAAAGCAGAAAAAGAAAAAGAACUAGCUGCGAAGCGAGCCCAGCUCCUGGAGGAAAUGGACCAGGAGUUUGGUGUGAGCAGUCUGGUAGAGGAAGAAUUUGGACAAAAGAAAAGAGAUGCAUAUUCAUCCCGGGAUCUCAAAGGACUGAAAGUACAGCACAAGAUUGACUCGUUUGGUGAGGGCCAGACCGUCAUCCUCACACUAGAAGACAAAGGUGUGCUGGAAGAAAAGGAAGAUGUGCUGGUCAAUGUGAAUAUGAUAGACAAAGAAAGAGCUGACAAAAAUGUGGAGUUAUUGAAGAAAAAGCCAGAUUACAAGCCAUACGAAGAAGAUGAGAGCAUAGAUGACAUGGCCACACUGAAGGCCCACACUGUUCUGGCCAAAUACGAUGAAGAGAUCGAUGGGGAGAAGAAAAAGAGUUUCCGGCUGAGCACAGGUGGCGUGGCUGAAGGGGUACGGGAGCGAGAGCUCCAGGCUAUUAGAGAGACCCUACGUAACCAGGCCCAGUCCCUGGAAAUGCCCUCUCUCUCCAUCGCCUCAGAGUACUACACACCCCAGGAAAUGGUGGGCUUUAAGAAAACCAAGCGGCGUGUGAAAAAGAUCAGGAAGAAGGUUCUGGAUGAGCCGCUGGACGACACUCGCAACACCGACUUUGGCUCAAGAGUACGUGGCCGCGGCCGCAAGCAGGCAGAGGAGCUCCCGGAGAUGCCCAAAGACAGCGAACCUGUUUCUACGCUGGUUACCGUGGUUCCCCAAAUGUCUGAUGACAUCCGCAUGGCGGAGAUGGAGAUGAGCGAUGAGGAGGACUUCACGCCUCCUGACUCUGCUGUGAUCGAGGAGGACGAGGCAGAGCAGGAACUGCAGAAACAACUGGAGAAGCAAAGAAAGCUGAGACAAAAGCAGCUUCUCAAGGACUCUGGUGAGAAAGUGGCACAGCAGAUGAAACUGCUCGGAAGGGCGGCUGAUGAGGAUGAUCCAGAAACGGGAAGCAACAUCACAUUCAACGCCACCUCAGAGUUUUGCAGAACUCUGGGCGACAUUCCCACGUAUGGCCUUUCAGGCAACCGAGAGGACCAAGAAGAUAUUAUGGACUUUGAGCAUGAGGCAGAGAGAGAGGACGGAGGAGAGAUGGAUUCCGACAUGGAUGAAAACAUUGGUUGGAGCACAGUCAACCUGGACGAGGAGCAAAAGCAGCCAGAUUUCACCACAGCCUCGAGCACAAUUUUGGAUGAAGAGCCAAUCGUCAGUUCUGGCCUCGCAGCUGCGUUACUGCUUUGUAAAAACAAAGGCUUGUUGGACACUCAAAUGCAGAAAAUAUCUCGUGUCAAAUCUGGAAAGCCAGGACCCCUGCCCAACGACAACUACUGCAUCGAAGACAAGAUGACAAUUGAUGACAAGUACAGCCGAAGAGAAGAGUACAGAGGCUUCGCACAAGAUUUCAAAGAGAAGGAUCUCUACAGACCUGAAGUCAAGAUCGAGUAUGUGGAUGAGUCUGGGCGCAAGCUCACACCAAAAGAAGCGUUCAGGCAGCUUUCCCAUCGUUUCCAUGGAAAGGGGUCUGGCAAGAUGAAGACUGAGAGAAGGAUGAAGAAACUUGAGGAGGAGGCCUUGCUUAAGAAGAUGAGCAGCAGUGACACUCCACUCGGGACUGUGGCUCUGCUUCAAGAAAAACAGAGAUCCCAGAAAACUCCAUAUAUUGUCCUUAGUGGGAGUGGUAAAAGUAUGAAUGCAAACACCAUUACCAAGUAGGCUAAGCGUGUAUGCUACUUACCUAACGAAACGUGAGAUGAUAUUUUAAGUAGAAUUCUGUUAAAACGUUCAGUUGUAACAAGUACAUUUAUGUUGUUGAAAUGGUCCAAUAAAAUCAUUUAACCAAAGAA